GUAGCGUGACAUAUAUGUACAUAUAUGUUAUGUACAUAUAAGUCUUGACGCCCCCGGACACUUCCACUCACAAAGGUCUUCCAAGUCUCUUGUCCUUUUUUUGUCUAAUGGUUUCGUCAAGAUCUGCUAUCUUGUGCCGCAUGCUUUCCAACUUACCACCAAUAGCAUAGCACUUAACACUGCUUCCACCAAAUCAUAACAUCCAACUCCAACAAGCAGCAUAAUCACAAAACACAACAUGGAUCAAGCUCGAGCUUCCAGAAUGAUCCACAGCAGUCGUCCCGGCCUCACCCGCCGACCUGCCGUUGCUCUCGCCGCCCUCGCCGCCACCGGCAUCGCAGUCGCCGUCCAGUACCAGCGGACCGCCCUGACCCGCAACGAGCAGGCCCAGAAGAACUCCCCCGAUCACCCCAACUUCUACGUGAGCGUCGACCGCAGCGGCGGUGGUAUCUAAACAAGCAAUCAUUGCAGUCAUCACAAUUGACUGAAUUGCCCCCCUUCCCAUCACACACACGAAAUUGCGUUUGAAAAAAAAAAAGCAAACAAAGAAGCAAAUCUGGAACAAAGCACGAUGGAGGGGAACCGUGUUCGGAAGUUUGUUGGGGGAGUUUCGCGAUCAAUUGGGAGAACCAUAGGUUGACAAAUCUACCUACCUACCUACCUACCUACUUGAGUAUAUCAAAAGGGGAUUUAUGGAUGUGGAGUAGAUCUUUUGGGGGUGCAAAAGUUAUAUUAAAAAAGGCUUUGAAGAAGAAGUAAGAGCUGAGGACUUAAGAUUACCUAAGGUAACUUAUCUCAAGCGUGUACGUGAUUCGACGUAUAUGUGUACGAUCGAAUACAAGAGAAGGUAUCUACAAUAUAGGUAUACAGGCCGGCGUACUUAUAGAGUGCAAUGUCAGGAAAAUCAAACGUUAAGAAUUAAC